AUGCAUCUGGAAGAAAUCGCUGAUCUUCCGCGCUUCUGCUUGUUCUACAUCAGCUACGGACUGCAGCUGAUCGCCUGGGUUUUAUCAGCCAUUGCUGACGUUUCACCCGAGGUUAAGCGAAUUUCUCAAAUGAAUCCUGAAGCCAGAGCAACCUUUCUCAGCAGAAUCACCUUUAACUGGUUUAACAGCAUGGUAAUCAAAGGCUAUAAGAGGCCGCUGGUUCAGGAGGACAUGUGGGAUCUGAAUGAGAAGGACUCCUCUCAGGCGAUCUGUCAGAGGUUUGAGGACAUUAUGGCAAUAGAGCUGAAAAAAGCCCGCAGCAGCCUGCAGAAGAAAGGAAAUAAACCAAAGACUAAAGAUGGUCAUCAGAACGGCUUGGCCAAAGGAGUCAGUCAGGAUGUUCUAGUUAUGGAGGAGACAGGAAAGAAGAAAGAAAAGAAGAAGAAGAAGAAGAAGAAAAAAAAGGAUUCUGAAUCCGAGUAUCCUAAUUCCUGGCUGGUUCCCACCAUCGCUAAAACCUUCAAAGGUGUGCUUUUAGAGUCAGCCUUCUUCAAACUGAUACAAGACCUUCUGUCAUUUGCAAGCCCACAGCUUCUCAAGUUAAUGAUCUCCUUCACUCAGGACAAAUCGAGUCAUGCAUGGACUGGUUACCUGUACGCCGUGCUGCUUCUGGUGGUGGCUUUUUUACAGUCAGUUAUUCUACAACAGUAUUUCCAGCGAUGUUUUAUCCUGGGUAUGAAAGUACGCACAGCUCUCAUGGCUGCUGUUUAUAAGAAGGCAUUAGUCGUAUCUAACGACUCUAGGAAAGAGUCGACUGCUGGAGAGAUAGUCAACCUGAUGUCAGCGGAUGCCCAAAGAUUUAACGAUGUCACCAACUUCAUCCACCUGCUGUGGUCGUGUCCACUACAGAUUGCUCUGGCCAUCGCCUUCCUCUGGAUUGAGCUGGGUCCCUCAGUCCUGGCCGGGCUGCUGGUCAUGGUGCUGAUGGUGCCCAUCAAUGGCUGGCUGGCCACCAAAUCCAGGGGCUUCCAGAUGGAAAACAUGAAAUUUAAAGACAAGCGGAUGAAAAUUGUCAAUGACAUACUGAAUGGAAUAAAAGUUCUGAAGUAUUACGCCUGGGAAUCAUCGUUUGAGGCUCAGGUUCAGGAGAUUCGAGAGCAGGAGCUGAAGGUGAUGAGGAAGUUUGCCUACCUCUCGUCUGUCUCCACCUUCAUAUUUUCAUGUGCUCCAGCUAUUGUGUCUCUGGCGACCUUCGCUGUGUUUGUGUCUGUGAGUCCCAAUAACAUCCUGAACGCAGAGAAAGCUUUUACCUCCAUCUCACUCUUUAACAUACUGCGCUUCCCACUCGCCAUGCUUCCACAGCUGAUUUCCAUCAUGGUUCAGGUACUAGAAUUAAUACAUGCUGCAUUAGUCGUAUCUAACGACUCUAGGAAAGAGUCGACUGCUGGAGAGAUAGUCAACCUGAUGUCAGCGGAUGCCCAAAGAUUUAACGAUGUCACCAACUUCAUCCACCUGCUGUGGUCGUGUCCACUACAGAUUGCUCUGGCCAUCGCCUUCCUCUGGAUUGAGCUGGGUCCCUCAGUCCUGGCCGGGCUGCUGGUCAUGGUGCUGAUGGUGCCCAUCAAUGGCUGGCUGGCCACCAAAUCCAGGGGCUUCCAGAUGGAAAACAUGAAAUUUAAAGACAAGCGGAUGAAAAUUGUCAAUGACAUACUGAAUGGAAUAAAAGUGUCUCUGGCGACCUUCGCUGUGUUUGUGUCUGUGAGUCCCAAUAACAUCCUGAACGCAGAGAAAGCUUUUACCUCCAUCUCACUCUUUAACAUACUGCGCUUCCCACUCGCCAUGCUUCCACAGCUGAUUUCCAUCAUGGUUCAGAUGUUAUCAUCACUUCCUGAAUUAGGUGCCGCCGUGAGCAUGACUGACGGCACAUAUGCCUGGGAAAGAGACACAGAACCAGUUCUGAAAAAUGUCUCUCUGGACAUUAAACCGGGUCGUCUGGUGGCAGUGGUCGGGGCUGUAGGGUCUGGAAAGACGUCGCUGAUAUCCGCUCUGCUGGGAGAACUGCACAGCCUCAAGGGUUGCAUUAAUAUCAAAGGGUCUGUAGCGUUUGUGCCGCAGCAGGCCUGGAUUCAGAACGCCACUCUGAAGGACAACGUCUUGUUCGGCUCUGAUGUGAAUGAGGAGCGUUACCGGUCUGUGGUGGAGGGGUGCGCACUCGGGCCAGACCUGGAUCUUCUGCCAGGAAGAGAUCAAACUGAGAUCGGUGAGAAGGGCAUCAAUCUGAGUGGAGGACAGAAACAGCGGGUGAGUCUGGCCAGGGCGGUCUACAGCUCCGCAGACGUGUACCUUCUGGAUGACCCACUGUCUGCGGUAGACUCACAUGUGGGGAAACAUCUGUUUGAGAGGGUGAUCGGACCCAAAGGACUGCUCAAAGACAAGACUCGUAUCCUGGUAACUCAUGGGAUCAGCUUCCUGCCGUAUGUAGAUGAGAUUGUUGUCUUGGUGAAUGGGGUGGUGUCUGAGGUAGGAUCAUACGAUGGCCUUCGAGCCAGUAAAGGAGCUUUCUCUGAAUUCCUGGAAACGUACGGCAAAGACGAGAGCAGCAACGCUAAUGCCAAUAAAGCAUCAGCUCAGGAGUCAGACUUCGAGCAGAUUGACAUGCUUCCCGAGGGUUUGGAGCCACAGGCUGAUGGCUCUCCUGAGGACAUUGUCUCAAGCACACUAAAGAGAGAAAACAGCUUGCGCCACAGCCAUGUUUACUUCAUUGCAGGAGUGCAUUUUUGUAUGCACCAAGACUGUUUUAUUUAUAUAUUUUUUGUCUUUAGUGUGAGCUUGAGGAAAAACAGCUCAGUUCGAUCCAAAAAAGACUCUGGUGAUAAAAAGGGACAGCGACUGAUUGAGAAAGAAGCAAUGGAGACAGGAAGGGUGAAAUUCUCAGUGUAUCUUCAGUAUCUGAGGUCUAUGGGCUGGUGUUUAGUCACCUGGAGUUUCCUGUUCUACUUCAUCCAGAAUGUGGCCAUCAUUGGUCAAAACCUGUGGCUCAGUGACUGGACUGAUGAUUCUGUAGAAUAUUUCAACAUAACCUACCCAAAUCACAUUAGAGACACGAGGAUAGGUGUCUUUGGAGCCCUGGGAGUGGCACAAGGUUUUUUGGUGUUUUUGGGCACUAUACUCCUAGCUGAUGGAUCCAUUUCUGCAUCCAGGACUCUACACACAAGUCUGCUGUCUAAUAUUCUGAAAGUACCCAUGGUGUUCUUUGAUACCACACCUUCAGGACGAAUAGUCAAUCGUUUUGCCAAGGAUAUAUUUACAGUGGAUGAAAUGAUCCCGAUGUCCUUCAGAUCCUGGAUUCUCUGUCUUCUGGGAGUUCUGGGGACAUUGUUUGUUAUCUGUCUGGCUACUCCAAUCUUCACCGCAGUUGUUGUACCAAUGGCUGUUAUCUACUACUUUGUCCAGAGGUUCUAUGUUGCUACAUCCCGGCAACUCAGACGCCUGGACUCUGUAUCUCGAUCUCCCAUAUACUCCCACUUUGGAGAAACAGUAUCAGGCCUCUCUGUGAUAAGGGCAUAUGGGCACCAGCAGCGUUUCCUAAAGCAAAAUGAGGACACCAUUGAUCAGAAUCUCAAAAGUGUCUAUCCUUGGAUCGUUUCUAAUAGGUGGUUGGCCAUGCGUUUGGAGUCCCUGGGGAAUCUGGUGGUGUUUUUCUCAGCUUUGUUUGCUGUGAUCUCUCGUGGCUCUUUGAAUAGUGGACUGGUUGGACUGUCCAUCUCAUACGCCUUAAAUGUGACUCAAACUUUGAACUGGCUUGUGAGAAUGACGUCAGAAUUGGAGACCAACAUCGUUGCUGUGGAAAGAGUGAGGGAAUAUGCAGAGAUCACAAAUGAGGCUCCAUGGAUCACCGCUAAUCGUCCUCCAGAUGACUGGCCCACCGGUGGGAAUAUUCAUUUUGAAAACUACAAAGUUCGAUACCGGCCUGAAUUGGAGCUCAUUCUCCAUGGAAUCACAUGUGAUAUUCAAAGCACUGAGAAGAUUGGCAUUGUUGGUCGAACUGGUGCGGGCAAAUCCAGUCUGACCAACUGUUUGUUUCGCAUUAUUGAAGCUAGUGAAGGUCAAAUCCUCGUUGAUGGUAUUGACAUCUCUACCCUGGGGCUUCAUGAUCUCAGGAGCAGACUUACCAUCAUUCCACAGGACCCAGUACUCUUCUCUGGAACUCUGCGGAUGAACCUGGACCCUUUCGAGAAGUCUAGUGACGAGGAGAUAUGGACCGUUCUGGAGCUGGCUCAUCUCAAAGAUUAUGUCAGGGGUUUGCCAACAGGACUUCAACACGAGGUCUCAGAGGGUGGAGAAAAUUUAAGUGUUGGUCAGAGGCAGCUGGUGUGUCUCGCCCGGGCCUUGCUCAGGAAAUCCCGUAUACUGAUCCUGGAUGAAGCCACCGCAGCCGUGGAUCUGGAGACAGACGAUCUCAUCCAGAACACCAUCCGCACAGAGUUUUCCCACUGUACCGUGCUUACCAUCGCACACAGGCUGAACACCAUUUUGGACAGCUCACGGGUAAUGGUCUUGGAUUCUGGUAAAAUCGUGGAGUUUGAUUCACCCAGUGUAUUGCUUAACAACAAACAGGGACAUUUCUAUGCAAUGGCUAAGGAUGCUGGGAUCAGAGGAGGGGAAACGAGUAAACCUACAAAUAUAUCUACUGACCUAUGAUGC